UUUUUAUUUUCAAAGGUAUCGACCGAGUUACAGUUUAUUUUUAAAAUCACCUGACAUUAUUAUUAUUGGAUGCACAAUUACAAUUCGGGGGUUAUUCAACCGAACACGGUAGUGUAUAUAUAUCUAUGACAUAGCAGGUACUACAAAAUGUCAUCAAGUAGUCUUUGCGGACCCUGUAGUCAUGCCAACAGACGUAAACAUGCACAGAAAUGGUGUACAGAUUGUGAGGAAGGUUUCUGUGCUGACUGCGAACAGAUUCACAGGUCAAUGAUGCUUACUACAGACCACACAUUGGUAUCAACCAAUGUAGUACAUGAAACUGAAAAUGUUGCUGUCAUUAUGAAUUGUGACAUUCAUGGUAAGAAAUUUGAUCUCUACUGCAAGACACAUGACGUAGCUAUUUGCGUAGCCUGCAUUCAGUCAAAACACAAACAUUGUUCUGAUGCCGUUAUUUCACUUGAUGAAGCAGCAAAAAAUUCAAAGACAUCAACAGCCCUGGAUGAUAUGGUUGAUUCAAUCAAUGUCGCUCUAGAUAGCAUGAAAAAUAUCAUCAACAAUCGCAAUGUUGCUAUGCAAAAUAUUGCAGUACAAGAACAGACCAUCCGAAAAUCCAUCGGUGAAAUGAGAGCAAAUUUAAACAAACAUUUGGACGAUAUUGAGAAAAAGUUGUUGGAUGAGUUGUCAGAACUAUAUACAAACUGUAAAUCAAAGUAUGGAAAAGUCCUCAAAACUUUUAAUAAAACAGCGAACGAAAUCAAGUUACUUCAAGAACAAGCAUCACAACUGAAAUGUGUCGGAUCCGACUUACAGGUAUUUCUUGGAACUCGUCAGAUCACCAAAUUAAUCAAUGUUGAGGUACAAUCCGUUAAAUCGGGGACGAGUGCAAUGCAGGAUUACACGAUAGGGAUAGAAAUGCAUCCAGUAAUUACUUCAUUACUUGAGGGUAUCGAUAACUUUGGAAAGAUUAAAGUUGAGGAAAAAAACUUCAGUUUACCUUUCAAAGAGGCAAAAAUCGUUCAAGCUCAAAUAGUUCAUACACCAGUCCGUCUAUUGUUUGAUAGUACCGGGAUACGAUUGCGAAAGAAGUUUAAAAUAAAGGAGACAAAAGAUGAAACGAAAGUCUACGGAUGUGUUAUUUUACCGAACAGCCAUAUAUUAGUUGCCAUUUACUCCGAAGACAAAGUCAUAAUGGAGUAUAGCGACGAUGGAAGACAUAUUCGUGACAUAUCAGUCUCUGACAAACCGUACGAUUUGGCAGUUAUAGACAGUUAUCUUAUUGCAGUUUCAUAUGAUGAUUUUAUGGAAAUAAUGAACAUAAUAGACAACAACGCUCAGGCAAAGGUAAAUUUUGGAUCGCCAUGUUGGGGCAUUUCAUAUCAAAAUCGAAAAAUUUAUAUCAAGGUCGACGAGGAAGGAAUAGUGGAGCUGGAUUUGUUAGGGAACAGAUUGCGUACAAUAGGCGGGAAGUUUGCUGAAGCCGGCUGGAUUUUCCACAUAACUACAACAAAAGACAGAAUAUAUUGUACCGACUUCGAGAAAGAUGCAGUUUACUGCUGUUGUAUGACAGGAGAAGAUAUCUGGACAUUUACUGAUGAAUCUCUUUCCAAUGCCAGGGGAAUAUCAGCUGACGGUGACGAGAACGUGUUUGUUGUGGGGAGGGAAUCUAAUAGUUUGAUGAUGAUACAGCAUGAUGGAAAAGUCGUUAAAACGUUACUUACUGAAUCUGAUUGUCUCAAUGAUCCAGUAGGGGUGCACUACAACAAAGAUAAACAAUUACUGUUGAUAUGUAAUCAAUAUACUGGAGAGGUAUUUCUAUAUAGUGUUACAAAGGAAUCGUACAUCUAAGUGUAAUGAAAACAUGGUCGACUUUAAACAAGAUUUUAUUAUGCAUCUCUGUCUUGGGCGAUGGGUCGACUUUAAACAAGAUUUUAUUAUGCAUCUCUGUCUUGGGCGAUGUUUAAAUCAUAUAUCGUAGCUCCUACCAUUUAAUUGGUGAUUUGAGAACAGUUAGUCGAUUUUGAUAUCUGACACGAGUUAUUUUUCCGCGUUAUUUGAUUUUUUCUCUAUAUGUGAUACUUUUGUGUGUUUGGUGCCAGUCUGCAACAUCUAGUUUAUUUUCUUUAUUCACUGCCAAGAGAAUACGAGGUGAAAGAAUGUAAACGAGAAAAAGAUUCUAAAAUACUAAGAAACCAGUUGCGAAUUCAACAACAUACAUUUAAGAAUAAGCGUUUUUAUAUUUAUCCUCCAGAUUGUUAAUUGUGCGAAGGUAUUCAAUAUUUCAACAAUCAACCUGCUGGUAUUAGGGUAGUUAUGAUGAACUAAACAUUCGGUUGAAUCUGAGUAGGUAUUAAAAUACAUAAAACUACUUAAAAAGACUAUUCUGAAUUAAAAAAAGUGGGAUGAUUCUCAACUUCAAGUUUUUUCUUAAUUUAUGCCAUGGCAAAUGAUUGGCGUAGAAAUGUCAGUAAAUCAGUUUAAAUGAAAAUGUUCAUGGACAGGUCUUGUAUUUCAGGUAAGAAGACUAUUAACACAGGUGUUAUUAUCAACAACUGUAUUGAUUAAUUCAUUUGUCCGGUAUAUGUUAAGAUGUAUAUCAAUUACAGGACAUUGUUGCUAUUGAAAUGCGUAUUUAUCUGUGGUACAUUUUCUAUAAUAUGCAUAUGUCGGGUCUAGGAACAAUGUCUAGUUAUACUGAAAUUAUGAUUAUUUGCGGAAACGCUGUGACGUAAAUUGUACUUCCAAAUAAUGUAAUUGUUUAAAAUCGUCUAAAAAAAUAAAUAGAUAAAAGGUGUUAAAAACUGCAAAUGACAGAAUCAAAUUUGUAAGAGGUAUUUCAUUACACAUUACAUAUUUGUCUGUAUUUUCAAAUUUCGUUAGUAUGGAACUUGACUGAACAAAAUGGCGUCAAUGUAUACAGUUAACUAGGAACUUUACAAAAUCAUUGACAGUUUGUUUUAUAACAUAUUUUUAUAACAACCACAUUAUGAAAUAAAAAGUAAAAUAACGAAAAUACCGAA